AUGUUGGUCAAACUGGCCGUGGCGCUGCUGGUUUUGUCAGUGCUGGAGCAAGUGGUGGGAUCGGAUAAUAUAGAUAUCCACGACAGCCUCCCGGAGAAGCCUGCGAGCCAGAAAGGACGCCUCUCCCUGCAGAAUACAGCUGAGAUCCAGCACUGCCUGGUGAGUGCAGGGGAUGUCGGCUGUGGUGUGUUUGAGUGCUUUGAGAAUAACUCCUGCGAGAUACGAGGGCUGCAGGAAAUCUGCAUGACGUUCCUGCACAACGCUGGCAAAUUUGACUCUCAGGGGAAAUCCUUCAUCAAGGAUGCUCUGAAAUGUAUGGCACAUGGGCUACGGCACAAGUUCAGCUGCAUCAGCAGGAAGUGUGUGUCCAUUAAAGAGAUGGUGUUCCAGCUCCAGAGAGAGUGCUACAUCAAACAUAACCUGUGCUCUGCGGCUAAGGACAAUGUGGCCGUCAUGGUGGAGAUGAUCCAUUUUCAAGAUCUCUUUCCUAAAGGCCCAUACGUGGAGCUGGUGAAUAUUCUCCUGAGUUGCGGAGAGGAGGUGAAGGAGGCGUUGACACGGAGCGUGCGGCUACAGUGCGAGCAGAACUGGGGGGCUUUGUGUGACAGCCUGAGCCUCUGCUCCUCCCUCGCCCCUUCUCCAGCCGGCUCUGCCGUCGAACACCACCGCCAGCCCUUGACCUCCCACCCUGAGUUGGAGCUCCCUCGCCCUCCGCGGCAAGGCGAAAAGGACAAACUGGCUAAAGCGGCUUUCAAUGCUCACCCACGCAAUCGCAGUCAGGGACCCCGCCGCCAGAGCCCAGAGGCUGGACUCGUGGCUGAGCAGGAAGACCCUGAGGCCACCGACAUCCGGAGGUGAAAGCGCAGGAGACUGUCCCGACCUUUGACCCCAUACAACGUUUAAAAACCACACUUGCAGACUUAUGCACACAAACACAAAUGAACACACCCUCACACACAAAAACACACUCUCGCACACUUCUUCAAACACACACACACAAAUUCCCAGACAGACUGAGCAGAAGGAAACAAGCCCCAACCUUUUCCUGUCCUUAUUCCGCCCUCUCCAGUCAUUCCAGCAGUCCCACAUGGUAAACUUUCAGGGUAAUUGUGGUGUAGCUUGUAUUGUUAUGCCAGACUGUAGGCCACUAUUUUUUUAGAAAUUGAAUAAUAAUUGUAAUUAUCAUGAUUAUUUCAUCUGUUAGGACUAUUUAGGCUCUAAUAUAGCAUUUCUCAAAUCAUACUUACUGUAAGAUUUGAUUAUAUUUGUAUUAUUUAUUUUAUUCUGUAUGCAAUGUUGAAGUAUCAAAAUGUACAUAGAAAUAUACCUAUCUAUAUUUAUAUAAACAUGCAUAAAUAUAGUUGCAAUACUGAUAUACUAUAGAUCACAUAGUAUAUGGCGUGCUGUCUGUCGUUCUCUUCACAGUAUUGCACCCAUCACACAUUGGUCUGUAGAUAUGUAACAUACACCAUUUGUGGUUUCAAAAGUGGGAAUGUGUAUUAUAAUUAUAGAUACUUGAUGAUUAAAUACAAAAUUGUACAGGUUUCAAGUCCAGUUCUGGCACAUAUGAAUUGUAGUGCAUGAUGGCCACGAAGCCAACAAACUUGUGCAAGUGAAAAUCCACUCUAAAGAGGAUGCACAUGUAAUACUAUGAAUAUGGACAUUUCACACUUGUAUGUAUUGAUAAGUCUCUCACAAAGCUAAUAAUAAGAGAGCCGAGAUUAAUCUCUGAUGUCAUCCAGCACUGCUGUCUGGACAGCAAUGAAUGGGAGACAUGGACUCUUUGUUAUUUUUAUCAAAAAGUGUCACGGCGCUCCCAUUCAUUGUUAAUGGAGCUUCAGAAACUCUGCCCUGGUGACAUCACAGAUUAAUUUCAUGUUUAUUCUUUCAGGAGACAUUAUUGUUCUUUUCCACAAGCAAGAAUUUAACUGUCAAAUCUUAUACAUUGGUUUUCCAUCUAGCUAUUGGUGAACUGCAGCAAAGAGAGGAUGUUCAAUCAAGUCCUUUUCAAAUGUAAAAUCACACACAUCAAGGUGCCUAAACUUGUUAUUGUCCACAGUGACCGCCUCUCUGUGAUUUAAGUGAAUGGAUGAUACUGUGUCAUGGGGAGAUUUAAUGUUGAAGCUAUUUAACGAUGAUGUUGAGCCACAGAAGUCUUAGAUGUUGCACUUUGGAUGAUUGUUAGUCCGUGUUGGACUGCUGCAGGUUAAGAAAUAAGACCAGGUUUCUAGAGCAGUCGCCCUCUAAUCAGAGCUAACUGUACAAGACAUUUAAUUUGAUCAAACCUGGUUUCUUUAUCAACUAAAGCACCAAGCCUCUAUCCCAGCAUGCCCCUUAGGACCAGAUUGAGCCCCUUCUUCAGAAGAUUGAGGUGUCCCAAUGGGCAGGAAAGAGGCUUUAAAGAAACCCUCCAGAUCUCUAAAUCAUCCCUUAUCCCUCUCUGGUCCCUUACCUAGUUCAGGAGAGACAUGAAGGCCUGUUAUUCUACCCGUUAGAGCCGCAGGCAACGCAGCAAGGAACCAGGAACUGGGUUAAGUCCACACACGGGGGCUCUGGCGCUGUUAUUCUAAAUGUUGUAUUUACCGAGGCCACCAGAGAAUUCCUCUGGGCCACAGCCAAGAGCGAGCAACUCGGAGAGGCAAAGAGGAGUGCAGAGAAAAAGGAGACUUUUUUUUAAUGUGAUGAUUCACUCCAUCUUGACUUCUCCUAGUACUCUUCUUCUCUCCCUGCUUUAAUUCACAGACACUUAUUUUGACCAUUUCAGGCCAGUCUUACUCUUUAAGCUGCGGAAGUGCAGCUUGUGAGCACAUUACACCACAUGCCGGGGAGCGAUUGGUGCAAAAAAAAGAAGCUAAAACCUGCGCAGACUUUGUGGCUCAGUUUUUUUCCUACUUUAUUUUCCUGAUGUACUUACAUUCAGGUUAUUUCCUCCCAAUCCUUUAGAGAGUAUUAUAAGCUCUGUGGAUUUGAAUCAUCAGUGAGGCUUUCAGGCUUUUCUUUUUUUAUUGGAAGUUGGGAUUCCUGUGACAUCCCAGCAUGAGACAUAAGCUAAUCCUAUUGAGAAUGUACUGUAUGUGUGUGUAAAGUAACAAUCUGUUCAGCUCUGUCAUUAGGUUUGAUAUGGCUUUUUGUAAUAAUGUAGUGGCUUGAAUGGCUUUUUCUUUAUGUGUUCAGAGGAAAUAAAACUAACCACGUUUCCGGUAUUGUUAGUGCUCCAUCACGACGUGUUUUCCUCCGUUAAGCACAAGGACUCUUCUUCCACCGCUGAAAAUACAGAACAUGGUCUAGAAGUUUGUAACUCACCUAAGACAUUGGGCAUAUGAUCCUACAAAUAUCUUUGGACUCAUGAAGUCAAAUGUAUCUUGUUAUCAUUAAAGUAUUUUUGUCUGUAUUUUG